AUGUUAAAUUUAUAUAAUGGUACUGUAAUGACAAACAAUAGAAAAUUACAAACUUUACUCGAAACAAAAUUAUCAAUAGAUGAUAAAGUACCGAAAACAGGUCGAAUUUUGCGAAAUAAAAUAUUUGUUAUUGGUUUUCCACCAAAUUGCACUGAAAUGGAUUUAGAAAAUUUUUUUUCAAAUUUCGGUUUAGUACGUGAAACUCGAAUUGUUAAAGAUGAAAAUGGAGUAACAAAAGGAUAUGCAUUCAUUACAUUUGCUAAAGAACGUUCAGUAAUGCAUGCGCUUGAGUAUCGAGGACCACUGUAUUUUAUGGAUAGAAAAUUAUCAAUUAAUCCAGCUAUUAAAAGACAACAUCAAUUCAUUCAAACCGAACGAUGUUUAUCAUCAUCAACAAGUAUUGAUACACCAUCAGAUAUGUCAAGUUCAUCAAAUCAUACCAAUGAUCUUAAUUCAUUAACAAGUACAAAUAUUUUUCCAAUGAUUUCUAUGUCAAUGCCAUCUCAACCAGAUGGAACAACCUUAAAUCAUUAUUAUAAUGCAGCAUCACAACCAUAUUUUCAUUUUAAUUUACCAUCUCAUCCAGUUUAUUGUUCGUCGGGAUCUGGUCCUAUUUGGCAUCAUUAUUUUUCGACAGCAGCAAGUUAUCCAGUGAGUAUUUUAAAAACAAAAAUACGAUUUCAUGAAACUCAGUAG